AUGCAGAACUGCUACUCUCCGUUGCCUGUGCAGCCACAAUUGCCCGUUUCGAUUGACAAUGACGCAUCCAUGAAGCGUCUGGAUACGUCACGUCAAAGUUACGAUGAAAUGCGACGUUCCUUUAUGCAGUUGGGUGCUGUAACUAGUGCAGUCGGGUCAGCAUACGUCGAGGUGGGUUGUACCCGAGUUGUUUGUGCUGUCUACGGCCCGCGAACCGACACCCGUGCACGACGUGAAUUUAGCAAAGAAGGACAAUUAGUGUGUGAUGUUAAGUAUGCACCUUUUGCUGACAAAUUGGCACGUCGAGAGCGUGGCCAGGAUCCGGACGAAACGGAGUUGUCGACUAUUUUGCAGGAAGCAUUGGCCCCCGCUGUGAUGUUGCACAAGUUGCCCAAGUGCAUUCUGUCAGUGUUUGUAACAAUACUAGAGGAUGACGGAGGAGUUUUUACUGCUGCUAUCAACAGUGCAUCGCUCGCGCUAGCCGAUGCUGCCGUGGAGAUGUAUGAUAUGGUCACAGCUGCCAGUGCGGCUAUUAUCAACGAGUCGGUGAUCUUUGAUCCGAACAGGGAGGAGGAACAGCGUGGAGAUGGCAAACUAACAUUGGCUUACAUGCCGUCAAUGGGACGGGUUACGUACAUGCUACAAGCUGGUAAGGUCCACCACACGCAGCUACAGGAGGCAGUGGAUCUUUGCACGGAUGCAUGUACUGGUGUCACGCGGUCCAUGCUCACAGCAUCACUUGUGCAAGCUCUGUCCUGA